AGCUUAUUUGGAGGUUAUUCUGCGCAUGCGCAAGCACAGUUGCGCGAAGGUUCCGUCUUCCUCUCCCGAUUCGCAUAUCGUCUCACGUACGCAAUUAAGGGACAACGAGACGAAGUCUUGCAGUUUUCUGCACUUGCGUCUUAUAACAUAGAACAUAAAUCAUGGCCCCACCAGCAUAUAGUGAUUUAGGCAAAAGUGCUCGUGACUUAUUUUCCAGUGGAUAUCAUUUUGGUCUAAUUAAGUUGGAUGUGAAAACAAAAACUAAAUCUGGUGUAGAAUUCUCUAGUGGUGGGGUAUCUAAUCAAGAUAGUGGAAAAGUAUUUGGUACUUUAGAAACCAAAUAUAAUAUUGAUGACUAUGGAUUGAAAUUUAGUGAAAAGUGGAACACUGAUAAUACACUUGCUACUGAUGUUACUUUUGCCGACAAAUUGCUCAAAGGUCUUACCCUUGGCUAUGGCUGUACUUUCUCUCCACAAACAGGGACCAAGACUGGAAAACUGAAGACAUCUUACAAACAUGAAAAUGUAUCAGCCAAUGCUGAUUUUGAUCUUAGUCUUUCUGCUGGUCCUUUGGUAAAUGCAUCAACUGUUGUAGGAUACCAAGGUUGGUUGGCUGGAUAUCAAGCUUGUUUUGAUACACAAAGAAACAAGCUUACAAAGAAUAACUUUGCACUUGGAUAUACCGCAUCUGACUUUACUCUUCACGCAGCAGUGAACAAUGGCUGUGACUUUAGUGGCCUGAUUUAUCACAAAGUGAAAGCAGAUCUAGAAGGCGCAAUUAAUCUGGAAUGGAAUUCAAGCAACAAUGUGACACAAUUUGGAAUUGCUACAAAAUAUAAUCUUGACCCAGAUGCAUCUAUCAGAGCUAAAGUUAAUUCUAAUCUUCAAAUUGGUCUAGGAUAUCAACAAAAGUUACGUGAUGGUGUAACUCUGACACUUUCUACAAAUAUUGAUGGAAAGAACUUUGGCUCUGGUGGUCACAAGAUUGGUCUUGCAUUAGACCUACAAGCUUAAAUAUGAAUCAGACACAAAAGGAUUAGAUUCACUCAAAAGGUCUUUUCAUGGCCUUUGUGUCAUAAAGACAGUAUCACAGUACAUGCUUCAAAGUAUUGCCUAUAACAUAUAGAUAGGUUUAUCCCAAAAUAGAUGCCACGUAUAAUACAUAUAAACAUGGUAUGGUAACAAUAUCUUAUCAUGAACAAUACGGUUUACAAAUUCUUAACCGAAAUAGAAGUGUUCUAUUUUUUCCUCUAUAAUUCUCUCAUAUUCGAUAUGGUGCAGCCUUUUACCAGUUCCUGAUGAACAUGCAGUCUAUUAAAAUCAAAUGUUAAUUACUCUGAACUUAAUUAUAGAAAAUAUACUCAUGGAGUAAUGUUGAUUGCAAAUACGUAUAAAAUUAAAUUAAGAAGAAAAUGUGUUUAAACAUUUCUGGAAAUAUAUUUUUCAAUGCAAUAAUAAAUGUUACCAAGUUACAAAGUAACUAUAAAUUCAGUGAUUGAUUUUAAAAUAACACAGUAUGAUGCUGCACAUACAUUUUUGUAGCUACACAAAUAAUAUUAAUGACCGAAUUUAUUGUAAAAAUACCUGCACUUAAUAUUAUAUUAAAUAAAUAGCUACGUACAGGGAUUUAAGAUUAAAUGAUGUCAAAUAUCAAGUACAGUUACUUUUCAUUUACAGAAUGAAAUAACAUUCAUUCCUGUCUAUAUAAUCAAUAUAAAACAAUACUGCCAGCGUGAUUAUUUUAGGAUUGAAGCAAAUUGAAAAAUACGUGUUCGGUUAUGAAGAUUCCAAUAAUUUAGUUUGGCAUCUUAUAUAAAGAUUUCACAUUUUUAAAAUAGUACAUAGUAAUAAAUACUUUUAGUUAUAAAUAAUUCCACAGUCUUGUCUUAUGUAGCACUUAUAAUGCAUAAGAGGUUUGUACUCAUACAAUUUUAUUCUCCCAUACAUCAACAGUUGUUAAAUAUUCAGCCAAAUCUGGAUCAAGCUUUGAUUAGUUCAUAAAAUAAAGAAAAUUUUAUUUUA